CGCAGGUGAUGGAGCUGAUGCGGCUGGUGGAGGGCCUGGUGAGGGACCACGGCGGCGCCCCCUAUACCAAUGAUGUGUACAGCCUGGCGCAGGCCCUGGGGGGCGCUGGCCCCGAGGAGAGGCUCCACAAGGUGGCGGAGACAGUGGCCACCCGCGCGCAGAAGCAGCAGAAACUCUGGCUGUUGGCCUGGCUGUGGGCGUGGCCACAGAUGCUGGGGACCCAGUGUAACAGGAGCGUGGCCGGUCUGUGGGAUGCCACGGUCCAGUUAUUCAAGCGCUUCUGCAAACACUGGCUGCAGGCCUCGACGGUGUGAACUUGAAUCUUGUAGGUAAGUUGGCAAGACAGAAACUGCUUAGAGCUCAAGGGGAACUUCAGAGGAAUCUGAGUUCUCAAGUACUGUGGUGAACACUUUUAAAAUAA